AUGGAUCCUGACGAAGAGGUCGAGGGGCCACAUCCUCGCUUUUUAGACGAUGACCCCAGACCGACCAGCAAAAAGGAGCUCGCGGGCUGGUAUUGCUACGGCUGGGCUGCCGAGGUGUUCACCGUCUGUGCUAUGGGGUCAUUCCUCCCGAUCACACUGGAACAACUAGCACGAGAUCAAGGUGUUCUUUUAUCAGAUAAAACAACUCCGUGUAGCCUCACUUGGAACCCUGCCAAACAUCCACUCCAAGGUGACGAUUACAGCGCGCAAUCCCCAGCAACCGGCCAAUGUAUCGUCUAUAUCCUAGGUGCCGAGGUCAACACUGCCAGUUUUGCCUUGUAUACAUUCUCUCUGAGUGUCUUGGUUCAGGCCAUUCUCAUUAUUUCGAUGUCUGGGGCCGCUGACCACGGAAGUUAUCGCAAAAAGUUGCUGGUCACUUUUGCCUUUGUCGGCUCAACAGCCACCAUGUUGUUUCUUGCUGUGAUUCCCCGGGUUUAUCUUCUCGGUGGUUUCCUUGCCAUCGUUGCGAAUACAUGCUUCGGUGCAUCCUUUACAUUGUUGAAUUCCUUUUUACCAGUCCUUGUGCGCUAUCACCCAACGAUGCUCGAAAAGGAAGAGCUUGGGAACGGCACGACGAGACCCUUCUCCGCCAACGAAAAUGGCAAUAACGAGGAUUAUUUCGAUUCAUCGACGCCCUUAUUGCGAUCCACUUCUGGAGAUGGGAGAAAGGCAGAGGCAGUGACCUCCUUGGAGCUCAAUCUAUCCACCAAGAUUUCAUCCAAUGGAAUUGGAAUAGGCUAUAUUGGGGCAGUAAUUCUGCAAAUGAUCCUAAUUUUUGUCGUGGCAAUGACCAACCAAACGACAUUAUCACUGCGUCUUGUGAUGUUUCUCAUCGGCUUGUGGUGGUUUGUAUUCACCAUCCCAGCAAUGACCUGGCUGCGUCCCCGACCGGGUCCACCUCUGUUAGGAACGGAUGGGAAACCCCUCGAUUCUUCGGUUGCGUACAUCGUGUAUGCUUGGAAGUCUCUCGGAAAAACCGCAAUGCGCGCACGUCGUCUGAAAGACAUUCUCCUUUUCCUUGCCGCCUGGUUCCUCCUCAGUGAUGGGAUCGCCACCGUCAGCGGGACAGCCGUGCUAUUUGCCAAAACCCAGCUGGACAUGAAACCGGCAGCUCUGGGGCUGAUCAAUGUGAUCGUCAUGAUUGCCGGGGUCUUUGGAGCUUUUUCAUGGAGCUACGUAUCGAACUUUCUCGGAUUGCGCGCGUCACAGACUAUUAUUGCCUGCAUCAUCCUCUUUGAACUUAUUCCAAUCUACGGAAUCCUCGGAUUCGUUCCGUCCGUGCAGCGACUCGGUAUUGGCCUCCAGCAACCUUGGGAAAUGUACCCGUUGGGGGCCGUCUAUGGACUUGUCAUGGGAGGCCUAUCCUCAUACUGUCGGAGUUUCUUUGCCGAGCUCAUUCCCCUGGAUAUGAGGCUGCAUUCUAUGCACUGUAUGCAAUUACCGACAAGGGCUCUAGCGUCUUCGGACCUGCCAUCGUGGGCAUCAUUGCCGAUCGAUAUGGGGGAGAUUCGUCCGGCCUUUGUGUUCUUGGCCGUUCUCAUUAUCCUACCAUUACCCCUGAUGUUGCUCGUGGAUGUGGACCGUGGUAAACGAGAUGCGCUUGAGCUUGGAGCCGAAUUAGAUCGGAUCUCAGAAACCACGGCCACGGGUUAUGGGACUAUGUCGGUCAGGGUGGAAGAUGAGGAUGUGGCUCGGACCAUGUAG